AUGCACCUCCUCCCCAAUACUGCCCCCCUAGUGGCAGAGAGAAGCCCGGAAGCCCUGAGAUAUGGUUGGGCUGCAGGCCCCAGUUGCUCCCAGCAGCUGCCUGGCCCAGUUGUCAGGGAUGGUGGGAGCUGGAGUCCAGCCACAGGUUCGCCCCCGAUGGGCCGUAUCGCCUGGAGCUCCUUGCUGUGUCUGUUUUGGAUGGUCUCUGGCAAGGGAAGCCCCCUCUGUCGAGGGCGUCAUUCUGUGUCAUUGGGAGGCCCCAGGGGUGCUGUGACCCCUGCGCCCCACUGGAAGCGCCCCACUGGAAACUUGCCUCCUUUGUUAGAGCACAGUGGGGAGAAACCGGCAGACUCUAGCCCAGGGGUCAGCAAACUUUUUCAGCAGGGGGCCAGUCCACUGUCCCUCAGACCUUGUGGGGGGCUGGACUGUAUUUUGAAAAGAAAAGAAAAAGAAUUCCUAUGGCCCACAAAUAACCCAGAGAUGCAUUUUAAAUAA